AAAAUAUAAUUUUCACAAUAUCAUCCGAUACUUAAUAUACGAUAUCAGUUAAAGGUAUGAUAAGAUAAACUUUAAAAGAUCGAUAAGUAUUUUACAAACGAGUGUAGCAGACGGUAGUGUUGUGUUUUUUUUUUGGUACAACAAACACAAAUAAUAUAAAUGGAACGUUGGAAGACUCACGGGUAUAUUCCAACCGAAGGAAUACCAUCGGAGGGAUUUUACUAUGUUAGUCAUAGAAAUCCUGGCGUUUUCCUGACGGACGGAGUUAUGAAUGCUCCGCCUAUAGACCGCGGGGUGUCAGUAGAAGAUUCAAGCGCCGAUGAUGAAACUAAGUCGCCAAGUGAUGAAAUACAUGAAACAGUAAAAACAAUUCCUUACAACAUCAAGGCUUUGAACAAACACGAGCCCACAUACAAGCUAGAAACGUUCGAGAAGAAUUACCUCGUCGUAUUCAACCAAGAAAACAUAGAGGGGUAUAAGCCUAGACAUGGCACAGAAAAGGAUGUGGAAGCAAUUGAGCAAACAUUUUCCAAAUUCGGAUUUGAAGUCGAAGUGCACACUGACUUUACUAAAGCUGAAAUAUUAGACGCAUUAAAAAUUUUUAGAGAAAAAGAUUUCACGGACUACGGGUGCGUGGCGGUUGUAGUAUUAACUCAUGGCACCUACGACGGCCUGCUUCGUGCCAAGGAUCAGCAGUACAGCGAAACUGAAAUAAUUAAUCACUUCAAAACACACGAUAAACCCACGCUCAUAACGAAACCCAAGCUAUUGAUUAUUCAGGCUUGUCGAGGUGCAAGGCCAAUACCAGGAGUGUUCGCAAGACAAAUAGGGAAGAUUCAUAGAGACGUUGAUGACGACCAGGGACCUUACACGCUGCCAAUCGAAUCAGACAUGUUGGUUCUUCACAGCUCUUACAUGGGAAAUCCUUCUCACAGGGAUGAGCUACACGGUUCUUGGUUCAUCCAAGCCCUUUGUCGAGAAAUAGAUCGGCUUUCUCCUGGCAUUGACAUCGAAUCUAUUAUGACCGAGGUUAAAAAAGCUGUAGCAAUUGAUAUGGAACACGAGGAAUACAACAGGGUGACAGGCGAUAUAGAUAUAAAUAAACAAAUGCCCGUUAUGUCCUCCACUUUGAUAAGAAAGUUGUAUUUUAAGAAAUAUAAUAUAGACAGUGGCCCCAGCUUGUCGCUGUGUGACGGGGAAACGGAAACUUAUAAGAACGAAGUACUAGACGGCGCCGCGCCAGAAACGCCUUUGUUAACUCAGUUUGGCCCUUGUUUGUGUUUCCUACCUCAUUUCAACUAUUUAAAACAAUGUCUCAGACAUUUCGUUGAAGAAAACCCCGACGAUGAGAGAGCAGCUUCAUACCUAGAAAUUUGUGAAACAUUCGAAGAUAUUACAGAAUUCAAUACGUCAAAAGAAAAAAUGAUAAGACUCAUUUCCCAAUAUCUCGAGAAGAAAAUCCCGGAAAUCGAAUAUUUAAAAUACCUUUAUUUGUAUAAGAGUGAAUGAUCUCGUAGGACUAUGUUAUUCUUUUAUCUUUACCCAAUAAAAUUUUGAUACUCAUU